CACGUCGGGGCAUUCGGAAAAAGGACUGAAAAUAGCAAGUCGCACAGCUCAAGUUGGAUGCCCCCAUGUUUCUCUUUAUGAGGUGUUUCCCCGGAUCGAGGUUUUUGAUUUUGCAACUUCCUAUUCUGCGACGGUUUUGAAAGCAGUUCAAAUAAAUGUGUUUUGAAGCUUCGAUCGACCAUAGAAUUCGAAUACGCGUUGAAUUUAUGCUGUGAUACGUAAAUCCUGUAUUUUGACUAUUUUAUGUAGAAGUUUUUGACAUCUAGGAAAGAAAUGGUAGAUUACGGCUUAACAGAAGAACAAGUGGCUGAAUUUAAAGAAGCCUUCUUAUUAUUUGACAAAGACUCAGAUGGAAUGAUAACUGCGGCAGAGUUGGGUGUAGUGAUGAGAUCGCUUGGCCAGAGACCGUCAGAAAUGGAGCUGAGAAAUAUGGUACACAUGGUUGACAAAGAUGGUAAUGGUACUAUUGAAUUCGAUGAAUUUCUUAGUAUGAUGUCCAAGAAGCUUCAAGAAUCUGAUAGCGAAACUGAACUCAGAGAAGCUUUCCGUGUGUUCGAUAAGAAUGGCGAUGGUUUUAUCAGUCCUUCUGAGCUCCGUCACGUCAUGACCAACCUCGGUGAAAAGUUGACUGAUGAAGAAGUAGAUGACAUGAUCAAAGAAGCAGAUCUUGACGGAGAUGGGUUAGUUAAUUACAACGAAUUUGUGUUCAUACUAACAUCGGCUAAAUGAAGCAUACAGAAAUUUUUUCUUGUUGGUGAAGAAAGAUUUUGAAUCGAAGGUCGUCCUGCCAGAUACUGUUUCGCAACGCCUCCUCUUCAAAAUUCAAAAGCUCCCAAAAAUAUUUCUCGGUUUCCUGAGUUCAUGCUGUCAUCCGCGAGUGGUGAAUAUACUUUUAGCAUCUGGUGUGAUGAGGAGGGUUGACGCCCACAGUUCGAACACAACAUCCGAGUUUCUUUUUGUAUCGCUGCAGCUUUUAUUUGCAUCACUUUCACAGUGAACGCACGCAUGUAUCUCAGAAUUUGGAAAAUUUUCAUGACUGUUCUUGCUUUAUUUUAUGCAUUGUGGUUACGAUAAAUGUUCUGAAACAGAUACCAUGCCACUCACCAUAAAUCAUGAAAAACAA